UACCUGGUAGCUGUUCAGCCCAUCCCAACCAAUGAUGUGAAGAAGCACUGCACAGGUAAAGUGAACCUGGACAAACCUCUUCAUCUGGUGAUCGAUUCCGUCACACCGACAUCUGUGCUUCUGUCCUGGGGAACCUACUUAAAGACACCCUAUGAAGGAAACAUCAUGAACGACUGCUUGGAGGAUGGGCAUUACACCAUUCGCUAUAGAGAAAGAAACAGGAAGUGGAUUUACCAGACCUGCCCCACGUCUGAUACCGUAAUCGACAACCUCAAGCCCAACACACCCUACGAAUUUGGCGUCCGAUCCAACAAAGACGACCAUAGUGGAAUGUGGAGCAAACCAGUGAUCCACAACACCAACAUGGGAGACAAAAACAUGCAGAUAACCUACAAGCAAAACCGACCCAUUGUCAAGACUGUGGCUGGAACCCACAGCAGUCUGUUCCCACUUCAACCUGGUAAGACCAUCAACUACUAUUCUUUAAGAAUUGCCCCAAACGUAGUAAAGAAAACUAGAGAAUUCUGUCAUUUACUCACACUCAUGUCAUUUCAAACCCGCAUGACUUACUUCCUUCUGUAAAUCAAAAAUAAUUUUGGACAAAUCACACUGUUCUCUUCCAUUCAGUUAAAGCAUAUGGUGACAAAGGGCUGUCAAACUUUUAAAAUGACAAAAAA